UCCGCGGUUCUUCUCGAUGGGAGAGGGACAGAGAUGGGUUCCGUUUCCAAGAAGCAGGAGGAAACGAGGGAUUUAACGCAUCGGCCUCGUCUCUUCUCGUCUCCUCCUCCGUUGUAUUUUGUCCAAGAAGAGGAAGUAGGUGUUGGGGUUUAGGUCCGCGUGCUGCUUCCGUUGUUGUUGACGGUGGUGGAAGAAGGUGACCUGAUGGCGGUGGAAGCAGAGGCUACGGCCGCCGACUUCGCCCUCUCCGAGACCAACAUCAACUGGGACAGGUUGGACAAGACGAGGUUCCAUGUUAUUGGUGCUGUUCUCUUUACUCUUCAAUCUGGGUUAUUGCAUCCAACAGCUGUUGUUAAAACUAGAAUUCAAGUUGCUGAAGCAGGAUUAUCACACAUGCAUGGAUUUUCAAUGUUUAGAAGAAUACUAAGAUACGAUGGAAUUCUUGGACUGUACAGAGGUUUUGGUACCUCUGCCAUUGGAUCGUUACCUGGUCGAGUAUUGGCUCUUACAUCACUUGAAGUAUCUAAAGAUAUGAUGCUCAAAUACACAGAACACAUGGAUCUUUCUGAGGCAACACGCAUUGCUUUGUCUAAUGGAGCGGCAGGGUUGGUCUCAAAUGUAUUUUCAUGUGUUUAUUUUGUGCCUUUGGAUGUGAUUUCCCAGAGACUGAUGGUGCAAGGUCUGCCUGAAAUGAUCAAAUAUAAUGGCCCUUUUGAUGUCAUUCGUAAAGUGCUCAGGAGCGAGGGACUUCAUGGCCUUUAUAGAGGUUUCGGGAUAACAGUGGCAACCCAGUCACCUGCAUCUGCUCUUUGGUGGGGUGCUUAUGGUGCUGCUCAACAUGUUAUUUGGAGGAGCUUAGGCUAUCAAAAUGAUGCAGAGAAAAAACCAUCUCAGUUAGAGCUAGUAACUGUUCAGGCGACUGCUGGAACCUUGGCUGGUGCUUGUUCAUCAAUUAUCACUACUCCGAUAGAUACAAUCAAGACUCGGCUGCAGGUCAUGAACGGGUACGUAGGCAGGCCAUCAGUUACCAAGACGAUGAAGCGGCUUGUUGAGGAGGACGGCUGGAGAGGUUUCUAUAGAGGGUUUGGCCCCAGGUUCUUAAACAUGUCACUCUGGGGUACCUCGAUGAUUGUGACAUACGAACUCACAAAGAGGCUAUCCGUGAAAUGCUGAGUGAUUCUUUUAACUGGAUGAGAUACGUGAAAGGGGAGGGUAGGGGAUGGCUGCGGAUCUUUGAGUUGUCAUUGCACUUCCUCUGAAAGUGGUAGAUACGACAUUGCAGGAUAUUGGGAAUGCACAAUUCUUUCUCUCUCUUGUGAUGUGUAGAGGUGAUGGCACCCGAACCAUUCUCCUGCGCUCUCGAUUCCCUUGGUGAAGCUGAUUCUUUACUGCUAGUGAUCAAGGCUGGUUGAUGGUCUUAGAGGUGGCCUACUCCACAAGCAUUUUGCAGUCUAGAUGAUAUUAUGUGCCAGCUGAAAGCUGAAAGAAAAUUAUUCUCCAUAUUACUGAGGAUCGAAGGAAUCUGAUCUAAGUUCGUUUUGAUU